AUGGUAUUGCCGCGUACUAGGGGUCUGAUUUCCGAGACGCAGAAUGGUGCAUUUGUUCAAUUUGAGGGACAAGAGCCAUCUGCGGGACCACUCGUCCAAUCGACAAAGAUUUUCUUGGAAGUUGGUCUCAUCGGCAGCAUUCUGGAUGACUUUCCAGAUUUUUAUGUCGUCUGCAAACAUGACGCAAUCACAGUCCAACCCAUCUACACAAUCAUUGAUGAACAAGAGAAAGAGGGUUUGUCCGAGCACCGAGCCUUGUGGGACCCCUCUCUCUAUGAAUGUGCACCUUGACUGCUGUUGUUCUACGCAGACAAUUUGGGAGCGGCCGACAAGGAAAUUUUCGAUCCAUUUGAGAAGUUUGCCACCGAUGCCCAUGAUUCUCAACUUGUGUAAGAGACGCUGAUGCGGAACACUGUCAAACGCCUUCCGAAAAUCAAUAUAGGCAACAUGCACUGUGUGUUUUGCGUCCAGUGCUCGUGUCAAACUUCGCAAUGUGUAUAGCAAGUUCGUAACACAUGAUCUUCCCCUACGGAAACCAUAUUGUGCAUUGGACAAGAGGUUGUGGCUUUCCAAGUAAGCCAUCAACUCCUUUUUGAUGGUUUUCUCCAUCACUUUGCAGCAGAUUGAUGUCAGACUGACGGGUAUGUAGUUUGUCGCCAGAGCACGACUACCGCUUUUGUAAAGGGGUGUAAUGUGGGCCGUCUUCCAGUCUGUGGGAAGAAUUCCAGCAUCAAACGAUUUUUGGCACAGAAGGGAUAGUGGCUUGGCCAGCUCUUGGGCAAGCUCAAAGAGCAGCUUUGCUGGGAUCUCGUCCGGACUGGGAGAUUUACAUUCCUUCAAGCUUUUCAGUUCUUCCAAAAUCGCUUCUUCUCGAAGCACCAUAUUUUCGAUAGUGGGAUCCCCCAUGUUCUCAGAAUUAGAUGGGGUAAAGUCUGCUUCUCUUGUGAAAACGGAUCGGAAAAAUUGAGAAAAGUGCUCAGCCUUAUUUGUACUGUCCGAUAUCUUCAAGCCGUCAUCACCCCUCAUAAUUGGAACGGGAUUCCUGUUACGUGUGCUUUUCCGCAAAUAGCUGUAGAGCAGUUUCGGAUUUUUAACGGCUCGGUGGAGCAAAUUACUCUCAAAAUCCCGUCGCCUCCUGAAAAUCAGGCUUUUCACCUUAUUUCUUUGAAUUUUGUAUUCUGUAAACGCUGCAUUGUUGUUGUUCUUGCGAAAUUUCUUCCAUAACCUUCCUUUCUUGAUGAUCUCCUUUUUGAGUUCUCGUGUUAGCCACUGAGGGCGGUUGGAUAUCCUAGGCUUUGAUAAGGGACAGUGGUUCUUCAUUAGAUGCAGUAAACGAUCCUUGAAUAAAUUCCAGUCCUCGUUAACGUUUCCGGAGAAGAGAACAUCCCAGUCUAUUUGUGAUGCCUCAGCUCUCAUUUGACGAAAGUCCCCUUUCCAUAUAUUUGGCCUCGUAUUUUAUUUUGUACACGGUUCAGAAUACAGCAAGUACUCCCAUAAAAGCACUACAUGAUCACUUCGACCGAGCGGGGGUAGGUAGUACACCUCGUCUAUACUGUCAGGAUCUUUGGUAAAAACGAGGUCCAGACAACUGGCCUGUUGCCCUCCACGAGCUCUAGUUGGAAACAGGACACGUUGCGUGAGUAGAGCUUCUAGGGUUGUCUUUAGUAGAUGGUAAUCGAAGAUAUUCAUCGAGCACUUCGCAUGCAUAUAGCUCCAUUGAAUGCAGGGUGCAUUAAAAUCCCCCGUGAGAACAGCGUCUGGUCGGCUGGCGAUCUCUUUUAUGCUUUCAAGUAGACAAGUAUCUGGAUCGGGAUCCGCCUACGGGGGCCCGUAGAUAGUUACGAUCUCGAGGGACUGAGAUCCCCGCGCCUUUAUAAUCAGCCAAAUUGCCUCUGUGUCGUUAGAAAUCUUGUCGGUCCUCUCACACACUGCUAAGUUGCUCUUGACAUACAUGGCAACUCCUCCACCCCGGCGGCCUCUCCUGUCUCUCCUAAACAAAUGGUAUCCUGUUAAUGCUACCUCGCAAUCACCAACGUCCUCUGACAGCCAUGUUUCUGUUAUUGCUAUAACAUCGGGAAGAGUAUCGGCUACCUGUAUUCUCAGUUCGUCAAGCUUGGAAAACAGACUCUGAGCAUUGGUGUAAAAGAAUUUUAGUUUGCAACAUUCGACAGUGCUUCGUUCGGUUUGUCUCGGGUUUGCCAAUAUUAUGUUGCUGCCGCCAUCAUGACGAUUGGCUGGUUCCAAAUCAACAUCGCGUUCCUCUGUAUCACUCGUCCCCUGAAAAUGGCCAAGUUGCUAUCUCCCGCUGCAAGUCUCCUCUUCAGCCCCGUUACCAAUUCGCGGCGUUUUAGACGUUCCGCUGGAGAAUAGUCCGGCUGAAAAAAACUUCCUUGUGAGAGUUUCGUAGGCUGCUUUUCCUGGACAGAAGUAAGCUAGCCUCCUCUUUACUGUUCAAAACAAUUUUCAGAGGUGCUUGUACACGAAUGCCCAAAGCCUCAUAUCGAAACUAGAUGAACUAAAACUUUGCCUUGCCGAGCUGUCUGCAGAUGUUUUAGCAGUAACCGAGACCUGACUGUCCGAGAAUAUUGGCGAAAACGAAGUAGCCUUGCCUGGAUACCAAAUUUAUCGGAGGGACAGGGAACAUCGUCAGGGUGGUGGUAUGGUUGUGUAUGUGAAUGAGGGCCUGGCAAUGUCGGAAAACACCACCAAGUUUGCGUGCGUCAGGGAAGCUCUUUGGUUGACCAUCAAGGCUACCGGUUCCCCGUGUCUCGAUGUCCUCACUGUCUACCGCCCACCUAGGACAGACCAAAUCGCCGACACUCAACUAUUGGACCAGUUGGAUAAAUGUUCCAGUCGACCUAAAAUCAUGAUCAUGGGCGACUUCCACGCACCAGGAACAAACUGGAACAUCCUCCAAGCGUCAGGUCCAAAAUCGACAUUCGAUUGCCGUCUGCUGAACAAAGCAUUAAAGCUGUCCUUCACACAACAUGUAAUUUUCCCAACGAGAGACGAGAAGGACAAAGAGCAAACUGCCUGGAUCUGGUUUUUACGAAAAUAUCAGACAGCAUAGACGAGACCACCUCCAUUCCGCCCCUUGGCCAAAGUGAUCACGUAGUGCUUAUGCGGGAUUAUUCGUUAUUCUCCAUUUCGCAUACUCCAGACCCAAAAAGACGCAAUGUUUGGCGGGGCGACUUCAAUGAAAUGAGCGCAGACUUAUCCGGUCUCGAGUGGAGCUCAUUGUUUACGGGAAGUGCCAACGAUGACUGGGAACUGUUAAAGAAUGUUCUUCUGCAGCUCGUCAACAACUACGGCCCACUGACUAGUGUAAGACUGGACAAACGCUUUGGGUGGGUAAAUGGCAACCUUAAGAAAUAAAUCAACGGGAAGCACAAAUUUUGGAGAAAAUACUGCGUCUUUGGACAUGUUGAAUAAUUCAACACCUACAAGACACAAAGGAACAAACUGAGGAACCUGAUCAUGAAAACGCGACGGGAAUUAGAGAAGAACUUGCUACAAAAGGCGACGCAGAACCCAAAAUUACUCUACAGUUACCUCCAACGAAAUACAUGGAACAGGCAUCAAAUCCCCUUAAUAAGUACUACUGAUGGCGUUGAGAUUGCUGAUAGUAGGGAUAAAGCUGCGUAUUUUUCACAGUUUUUCCAAUCAAUCUACACAAGCGAGGCAACGUUCCUGCUUCCCUCUACAGAAGAACUGCCGACCCCAUGCGUCAGUGAUAUACUCUUCUCAGAAGGCAUUGUCCGAAGAGAAUAAGAGGCAUUGAACGAAUCGAAGUCGCCAGGACCAGACGAGAUUCCAUCCUAACUUCACAAGGAACUUGCCAGUGGGCUUUCUGUAUCUUUGUCGAUGCUCUUUCAAACGUCAUUUGACACUGAAACACUUCCUAUCGAUUGAAAGCUGGCGCAUAUUACUCCGCUACACAAAGGAGGUAACAGGGCAGCGACGACAAAUUACAGGCUCAUAAGCUUGACAUGCAUUCCCUGCAAAGUUAUGGAAAGGAUCGUAAAGAGUGAACUGAUGAAAUUCCUGGAAGUUCAUGGCCUGCUAUCGAAAUGCCAACAUGGGUUCCUAAAAGGAAGAUCCUGCACGACAAACUAGCUGCAAUCUCUCCAAAACAGGACCCGUGCUCUCGCCGGCAGACACGCGGUCCACACAGCCUUCAUCGACUUCCAGAAGGCGUUCGACACUGUACCAUACCGGACGCUUUUACAUAAACUUAAAAAAUAUGGAUCGGUGGCAACUUCCCUAAAUGGAUCGAAAACUUCCUUUUGCAUCGACACCAGGUUGUGUGCAUCGGUCGAGGGAAAUCAAAUCCUGCUAUGGUCGAGAGUGGUGUCCCCCAGGGUUCAGUUCUGGGACCCAUUUUGUUCUUUAUUUACGUGGACGAUGCUGCAAGAGCUUUAGACUGCGAAGUAGCAAUGUUUGCCGAUGACAUGAAGUUGUGGAGUGUGAUUCGAGGUCCUGCCGACGACGAAAGAUUGCAGAUGAACCUGAAUCGGUUGGAGAAUUGGUCAAACCGUUGGCUCCUGCGGUUCAACGUGGGUAAAUGAAGCAUACUUCGAAUAGGCAACACAGCCAGAUCCGCCAGCACAAAAAACUACUUUCUGGGUGGUGCAGACCUACAAGAGGUUCAAGACCAGAAGGCCCUCCUUGUGCUAACGACGAGUUCCCUAAAACUAUCCGUCCACUGUUCGAGCUUGGCAAGAAGCGCAAUGUCCGUACUGUACGCCAUCAAGCGUGUGUUUAUGGACUUCUACGAAGAUGCUUUCACAAAGACAUUCGGAACAUUCGUCUGGCCGUAUUUGGAGUACGGCAUACAAGCCUGAAGGCCGUGGGCGGUUGUGGAUCAAAACUGCCUCGAAAGAGUCCAGAGGAGAGCCACGAAGAGGGUUAGGGGUCAAAGCUCCUUUCCUUAUGCAACCCGCCUAGUAAAUCUGAACCACUUGCCUUUUAUUUGCAGGCAACUUCGUGGGGGUCUCUUGCAAGUAUUCCGCAUUGUAAAGGGGUUGGAUUGCACUCGGGCCUUUGAGGACUUUUUUGAAUUUGCUACCACGACCAAUCUCCGAGGUCACCCGUUAAAACUGCGCACUCAGCAAGCAAGGGUGGAUGUGCGGAAGUUCUCCUUCUCUGUUGGUGUGGUUUGACCAUGGAAUGCCCUUCCCGCAGAUGUUGUGAUGUCACCAUCUUCAUCCUCAACUUCGUCAAGUUUUAAAAUAUCUCAAAAUAUUUGUGUUCAGAAAUGACCAAGAUCGAUGAGAGAUCGGACUCACCUCCUGUAACUCGUUCACAUUUUGUCCUACCAUUAAGUGCUCGUUUAAACUAUUUCAAACCAGAACAUUUUUUGUAUACUACACAUAUUUACGUUGCAAAUGGGGUGCACAAAGGCUUAAGCCUAUUUCCCUCAGUAAACUGAACUGAACUGAACCCGACCAAACGUUUCCGCGUUGACGAUGAACAUUUCCUGUGCGGAUCCGCCUUGUCGGUCAUCUUUGGGCCCAAGGCACUAAAAUCCCGACAGCCGCAAUUUAUACCCCCACGAUCGCGCCUGCUCCAACCUCCACGUCGACGACGGCGACGCCCACCUCCACCAACGUUGCUUUGAAUCCCCGGCCCGCACUGCCGUCGGCCACUUCCAUCUCCAGCCUAUUAUUAUUACCACAAUUUCCGCGAAGACGUACACAACCCCCUGGUCGGUCACUUGUGAAUGAAUUUUAUGAAGAAUGGUGAACCACUACCUGAAGCACCAACGUAUACCAGACGCACUUGCCUUAAAUGCCCACAUUGUACUUGCAAAUUCAGCCACCAUAGAGGCCACUUCGGCCACUUGCGAAUUCAUGAAAACCUGUGGUAAAUCACCGCAGACUCAGCCAUAUCACCAAAUAUUUCCACACCAACACAAGCAUGACGCAUCCAACCCUCAAAAACCCCACAACACCGACCCCUCUCACAAAGUCAGAAAUGUGCUUUUCGGCUCCUCUUUCUGCUGCAUGAGUGAUCCGAGGCUGAGAAUAUCAUGGUGCGCCAAGUGCCAUGGCGCGGAAAGUUGUCAAAUGACGCCCCAGCUCAGGCCUCGCAGUCAACUGAAAGGCGAAAUGAGUGUCAUGCUGCAGUGACUCCGUCUUAAUGUGGCCCAUAUUGCACUCGCACUCCAUGGAAUCCGAGCAGACUAUGGUCGCACCAGCCGCCUCUGCCAUCUCCCGCCUUUGGUCUUAUUAACUAUGUCUUGGCACCGGGUCCAGGUGGGGAGGACGAGAGAGCGAAGUAGAUGAGUUGAAAGUCUGCUGUCACUAUAAAAUAAAUAAUGCGUAAGUCACCGUACCUGCCCUCAAUCUGCAGUGAAGUAUACGGGAGAUACCGUCGGUCGCAGCGGUCGAACUGCCAUAUAGCGGACCUAGCUCCCGUAGCUUAUCUUUAUAACGGCUGUGUAUGACCAUUCAUGUUUCGAAAACCAGAUAUCCUAGUGCAGCACAUAGGUAUGGAAACACACAGUUACCAAAGCUCGGGGAGUUUUGUCCUCCUCUCCAAAUGCAAGUAGCUAAUGUGCCUAAAAUUGAAAUAUAAUUUCUAGUUGAUAAUAGGGACUAGACUCCAACAAGAACUUUAACAGGACAAGCAUUCCUACCAUUUUGGAAACAUGCUUUCGCAAGAACAAGAAAACCCCAAGAAUUUAAUGAAUAUCGGGGAAAGUUAUAUUAUUCCCGUUGGUAAAUAAAUAUUUGCCCGAAAAUAUUUAUUUCUAAUUAUUGGCUCAAACCACUAUAACAUCUUUUUUCGGAAAAUGACUUUCACUCAUUUCAUAAUUUCAAAGAUUAAUUGGUCUAACUCCAACGUUAUUCAGCCCAAUUUAUUGAGGGCAGCACACGUGAGCCCCUGAGUAUUCUAUUUGCAACCUCAGUGAACAGAAAAACCAUGCAGAAUAGAGUAAUUUGGGGGGACGUGAGUGUCAAGGGACGAGUUCAAUAUUCAAUUCAAUUCAAUUCAAUUAUUUUUAUUAAAGACCCGUCGGGGUCCCAUCAAAGCAAGUAAAAAUAAAUUUACAUGCAAAUUUUAGACGAUGUAGGCAAAAUCUGCACAAAGUGCAAUGCAUAGUUUUUGAGAUUAGAAGUCCGUUAAGCAAAAUGAAAAUGAAAAAAAAAUGAAAAAAACGAGGGGUGAAAAAAAAACUCCAAAGCAAAAUUUAAAUAUGAUUGUAGUAAUUUAACAGGAGAAAAAAAACCCUCAGAAAAAUAGCAUCAGAAAAAAACAGGGAGGACUGGCCUGCAUGUGGCGGUACAAAAUGGAAUAUAGUCCGACAUCAACAUGGCCGAAAUAAAUGUCAGCUGUAUAUGGCAUUGCGUAACGGAUUUCAUAAAAUGGUACGUAGGCGGGUCGGUCAGGACUGGCCUGUAUCGCCUUGAAUAAGAAAAAUAAGUGCCGAAAUUGAAAACCAGUCUCAAGCCGAUAGGAACCCAGAUGCGGUCAGUUUCAUUCAACCGAGUCCAUCCGAGCAUGGGGGGAGAUGCGACCAGACUACUAGUAUAUGGCGAAUAUAGAAGGCUUUGUCAAGACCGCCGAAGGAGCGCAUUCUGUAAGGGCACGAUGACAACAAGUCUCGAGGCGACAAGAACCCAGAUGCGGUCUGUUACAUUCAUCAGAGUCCAUCCGAGGAUAGGGCAAAGGAGAUGCGACCAGAUUACUAGUAUAUGGCGAAUAUAGAAGGCUUCACCAAGAGCAUCGAUGGAGCGCAUUCAGUGAGGGCAUCAUGAAGAUCAGUCCCGAGGCGAUAGGAACCCAGAUGCGGUCGGUUUCAUUCAACCGAGUCCAUCCGAACAUGGGGGAAGGGAGAAGCGACUAGACUACUAGUAUAUGGCGAAUAUAGAAGGCUUUGUCCAGACCGCCGAAGGAGCGCAUUCUGUAAGGGCACGAUGACAACCAGUCUCGAGGCGACAAGAACCCAGAUGCGGUCGGUUUCAUUCAACCGAGUCCAUCCGAACAUGGGGGAAGGGAGAUGCGACCAAACUACUAGUAUAUGUCGAAUAUAGAAGGCUUUGUCAAGACCGCCGAUGGAGCGCAUUCAGUAAGGGUACGACGACAACCAGUCUCGAGGCGACAAGAACCCAGAUGCGGUCGGUUUCAUUCAGCCGAGUCCAUCCGAACAUGGGGGAAGGGAGAUGCGACCAAACUACUAGUAUAUGGCGAAUACAGAAGGCUUCGCCAAGAGCGUCAAUGGAGCGCAUUCUGUGAGGGCACGAUGCAUGAACUAAAAAAUUGGAAUAAUUAACAUUUCUGGUGAGGUAUCUUAGGUAGCGAGACUACUCAUAAAGGAAGGAAACGUGAACAGAUACGGAAAUUUAAUAGCGGCAUGCUAAAUUCCCGGUGGCCCUUCUCAGUGUCAUAGAAAAAGUUGUCUAGGAAGGAUGAGGAAAAUAAAAGUUUGAUCGAGCCAGUAUUCAGAUAAAGGCGUAGCCUUCUCUUAAAGGUGUGUAGAUUUUCUGAAGAUCUUAUAUUUAUUGGAAGGUUAUUCCAGAGGAAAGUAUACCUGGAAGCGAAAAAAGGGAGCGCUUAGAGGUGGAGGACGCUGGAAGACGUAUAAUUAGAGACGAGUUGCGAAGAUUGUAUGGGCGACUACUAGGGGUAAGUGUUGAAAUCCGAGGAAAAUUUAAACUAUGAUUAAUGCGAAAGAGGAGACAGAGGCCCGCUUCUAGUCUUCGAACCCAUAAAAAUGUUAGGUUAAUUAGCUGAAAUCUAUCUGAGUAGGAGAUAUUGGGAUGUUCCCUAUCUAAAAGUUUUUUUGAAAAACGCCUUUGGACAUUUUCAAUUUUUAAACGACUGGCUUCAUUCAUCAAACCAAAGAAUGGGCAACAAUACUCGAGAAUGGGAAGUACAAACAUACGAUAGAGCCUUAAUUUAAUUUCAGGAAGAUAGAAAUUGUAAGAAAUAAAGCCACAAAUCUGGGCAGCUUUGGCUGUAAUUCUGUCAGCGUGCGGCGAGAGAUCAAGAUUACUAGUGUAGCUUAAACCUAAAUCCUUGAUGGUGGUACAUUCAGUCAUAGGUGUUCCUUGAAAGACCACAGGUUGGGGUAGCCUAUCAGGUCCAAAACACAUAUAACGACAUUUAGACGGAGAGAAUUCCAUUAGCCAUUUUGAGCUCCAAGCUGAGAGGGCAAGCAAGUCAGCAUGGAUUUGCUCCAGGCAAUGAAGACUCGUAGAUUUAUUGAAAGAAUAUAUACAUUUGAGAUCAUCGGCAUAAAUAAAUGAUUGAGAAUGUUUAACUGCGGCUGAAAUAUCAUUUAUGUGAAGCAAGAACAAAAGAGGACCAAAAACGGUACCUUGUAGGACACCGCUCACAAUAGGACUUUCACUGGAAAGUGAAGAUCCCACCAAAACCUUUUGUUUACGAUUAGACAGGUGUGACCUGAUAAAGUCCAUUAGUGGACUGCGAAUUCCCAUAGCUUCCAAUUUAACCAAGAGUCUUUUAUGUGGCACUUUAUCAAAGGCUUUACUAAGAUCAAAAUAAAUAACGACAACUGAUAGAUUGUCAUUACGAAGAGAGGUAAGUAGAUUGAGAAACGACAGAUGACAUGUUUCACAAAAGCGUUCUGGUAAAAAACCAUGCUGGGAAGGGCUAAUAACUUGAUUGGCUAUGCAAAAUUCGCUAAUUUCUACGGCGAUAACUUUUCCGAAGAUUUUGGCGAGAGAAGGUGUUUUUUGGACACCUCGAUAGUUCUGUACGUCAGAACGACAGCCAGACUUAAAUACUGGAAUAAUAAUAGAAGUUUUCCAAUAGUCAGGGAAGAAGCCAUUUACGAGAAAUACUGAAAAGAUUUUGCUAAGCAGAGGAGGAAAAUCUCUUAGCUGUUUUAUCAAAGAGUUUGGGAUAUUGUCCGUACCUACUGAGUGAGAGUUAGGAAGAUGGCUUAUCAGUUUUUGAAUACAUUCAGGAGAAAAGUUAAUGAAGCUCAGAGAAGCAUCAGACAACGAAGGAAUUAAAGGGAUCGGAUCAGUUUCAAUGGUGAAAUGCUUGGCAAAAAACGAAUUUAAAAUUUCUGCUUUGCCUGACUCCUCUGUAAUGAAGGCAUCACUUGCACUAAGCAAGGGCGGAAUGACUUGGUGGGACUUAGCAGAUGAUCUAUGACGGAAGAUCUGAGCAACUGAUUUAGAAGAAUUCACGUCAUUAAUAGCUAAAGACUCUAUACGCCUAUCUCGCUCGAGCAUCAUUUUCGAAGCUAGUUCAAAUAUUUCAACGAUUCUUAGAUGAACUGAUAAUGAGCUCACAGAAGGAUCUUUAAACUGCUUCCGUAACUUUUUAAGUCUGUUUUUAAGAAAGUGUGGGAUGGCGGUGGAAUUAGCACUCGAUUUGAACAUCUUCCGAGGAAUAAGGUCAAGAAGACCUUCUGUUACGCAUUGUAAUAAAUUGUUGACAAAAUUUAGAUCAUUAUUUGAAAAAAUAUUGUGCCAAUCAAGAGUGCAUGUAAAGUUAUUUACUAAAUCCUUAUUAACAUUAGCAAAGUCAAAAAUACUACGUUGAACUGUUGGCUUUGCGGAAAUGGCAACUGGAAGGCGACAAUGAAUAAAUGCAUGAUCACUUGCAAAGAGGUCAUGAUAAAAAUCCAUAGAUAAAGGGAAGGUGCCCUUAGUAAAAAUUAAGUCUAAAACACUAUCGUUUCUGGUCGAAGAGUGAACUAAUUGAGUCAGGUUUGAAAAGUAAAUUGUGUCAAGCAGCUUCUGGAAUUUAGGAGGAGAAGUAUGUGUGUGCCAGUCAAUUUGUGGCAAAUUAAAAUCGCCUACGAUUAUCUUGACAUCGAAAGAAGUUUCUGCAAUUUUUUCAAAGUGUUCACAACGUUGGCUUUCAUUUCCGGAGGAACAAGGAGGAUUAUAUACACAUCUGACUAAGGCUUUCCUAUUUUGCGGAAGGAUUACCGAAGCAAAACAUAAAUUUCCAGAGAAGGAGGAAAUGUCCAAAUAUCUCAUCGUCCUAUUUCAUUUCGGAACACAAAUCUGUCAAGAUUUAUUCCAAAGCUUAACCUCGAUCAAUGUAACGUCCUAUGUAUUCCAAGGCAGAUCAACUUUCCACUAACAUUAUGUAUACCUACGUUGCCUUCCUACUCCACUAUCAGCAUUUCAAAGGUUAUUCUUCGAAUUUUUGGGAGAAACUCGACUGUUAACCAUAUUUAUGUGGUUGCCAUCAGCCUAUGCGCAAUAAGCCUUCGUAUGUCGCAUUAUUCUCUAGUACAGGGCAUCCAAAUAACGUUUGAAAUAUGUUCGCUCAAUUGCCCUUUUCUAAAGAGCCCACUAAGCUCCAUUGCCCUUUUCUAAAGAGUCCACUGAGCUUAAUCAAAGCUAGAGCGACGGGAUGCACAUCUGCAUACUAAGGUUCACGCUGAGGUAAAGUUUCAACUUUUACUGAUAAUGUUAGUCUGCAAUUUCACAAAUAAUAAAUUAAACCAACGAAAGUGAUAUAUACGCACUAUUCCUACUUGACUCUCCCAAUGACAAAGGUACUAGUGCGAGCAACCCGAAAAAGACAUCUUCCAUGUGGAUUAAUAGAAAGGAUGUCAUUUUUAGAUCUGUAGUCCAUACGUCCUGUAAGACUUGUGGCCGGUAGAUAGAAUCACAAAUAAAGUAAUGGUCAUUCAGUUUUCUUCGCAGAAGCAAAACCUUUUUUAACAGAAAAAGUUUUCUGCCCCUCUGGUCAAUGCGCUGACUAUUUAUACGCAAAGGUCAGUAUCCGCUGACAGAUUUGAUUUCACUGCCAGGAUAAUGUUAUUCCCUGCACCUCCUUCCGAUAGUGGCUCAGCUGCACCACAUGUGCAUUCAACAAGUUAUCCGAUAUAGGGAACGCAGUGAGCUAUCCACGGCACACUGAGCGCCGAAACAUUCGUUCUGGGAGUAAUCGGCUCUUGCCAUCCGCGUCUGUAAAUACCCUCCUAAUAUGCAAAGGUAUAAAUUUGUUUUCAAAAAGCAUUUUCGUGAUGAUUAAGGCCAUGUUUUUUGAUUAAGUUAGUUUCCAUUAUUUUUUCACUGGAGAAUUUUGUUUUAAACUUUCGAACCCUAUUCGCAUCAGCGUCAGCGAUUUCGAAACCGCAAGCAGACACCGCUCAAGGGGCAGUCCUACACAGUUACGCAUAAAAAUGAGUCAACGUAAGUUAUUCGUUGGAGGCAACUGGAAAAUGAAUGGGAGUCAUAGUGAAAUAGAUAAUAUCCUCAAUAAACUGAACUCUGCUGACCUCGAUCCCAACGCUGGUAAAUGAAACCCCAUAUUUAAUGGUAUAUACAAUUAGAAAUUGUACUCGGAGCUCCCGCGUGCUUCUUAAAGUAUGCGCAGGAAAAAGCACGUGCAGGCAUUAAAAUCGCAGCGCAAAACUGUUACAAGGUCGCGAGUGGCGCCUUCACUGGAGAAAUCAGGUAUGCUGGCUUUAUAAAGCUCCAGCUGGAGUUUCACACACUUUGAAGACAAACUGUCGCUUGUAUCAAGAGCGCGUGGUUGUUACCAUAGAUGUUUUGGAUAUAUAAAGUCACAAUCUUGCAGCUAGCUUACACACAUGGUUUGUUGUGAGUAUUCUACAGGAAAGGACACCGAAAUCUCCUCUCGAAUAAUUUAUCUGCCCGUAGGGUAGUUUUGGCAACCGCAUAUAUAGACAGUGUGUUGACUUAAAGUGAAGGCAGUCUUGACUUUAUUGUUAAAAGCGUUUAAAAUCUAAUACAGGGACCAGGUUUACCUCCUAAACCACCGUCGGUUUGCUGCGGUGCCUCUGCAGUUUCUGAGGAAAAUAAUGUCCUUAACUACGGCAUUGCCUCCUGGUUUUAGAAGAAUUUCCAUUUCAUAAAAGUGCAUUUUUUCUUAUAAUGUUUAAGUGAAUCAGAGUACUGCAAGGGUUUUCACAGCCUUCUGAAGCGAAAGGUUUUUUGGAGUAUUAGCAAACCGUUAUCACACCAAAGGACAUUCACAACAGUUCCUUCCUAGAUUUAUCCAGCGCAAACUUUGUUUUGUCUGUCACGCAUGAAGAAGCUUUUACACGUUUUGCCUUCCGGCCUCAGUCGCCAUUAAUCUAGACUUUCUCAGAAAUGUGAACUUCGUUCAAAAUUUUGUAAAUUUUUACGAUCACAAGGCUUCUAUUCAGUCCUAAUAAGUUUUUCUUAGUAACAGAAGUUAUACGGAGGCUCAGAAGAUAGAUUGACUUGUAACGUGAGCUUUUGCGCUUGAUAGUAUGUCGCGAUAUGCCUUAGGUUUAUUAAAGUUGCAUCCGUUUUUUCCAUUUCUAUUGUAGCCCUGCUAUGAUUAAGGAUUGCGGUUGCCAGUGGGUAAUAUUGGGGCACUCUGAGCGCCGUCACAUUUUCGGCGAAUCUGACGAGGUUGGUUGUAAACUUUUUUGACGAAGUUGUCGGUCUUAUGGCACGAAAUGCCUCUAGUGUUUUUCCGUCUCUCCUUACAGCCAUUAUGAUUUAAAAAUCAUCCAGGUAGUAUUUGGCUUUUUUAUUGAUAAUCCUUAAUGUGCAAUCAGCUUUUAAUUAGAACACUGGAACUUCGUUAAAAUAUGUAGAAUAUAAAUUGACAAAAAUGAAUCUGAAAGCGAUCACGCCGGCCUUUUGCAUUUACAGUGCUCACAGGAAUCACAGGUUAUAAGUAUCAAAGGAGGGGACCACCGAUUCGGUUUUAACCUUCUUUUUCUACGUUAAUAACUGCAAAGAAAUAUAGAAUUGUCGGAAACAUCAGCUGCUUUUUGCUACGGCGAAAGCCCCGCGGUACUUGUAGGCGAAGAUUACGCCAGAAGUUUCAACAUAAAAUUUUUUUGCAAUUUGCGUUUUUACUGUUCUAAACUAGUUGUUCUGCAAACAUUAUUUAAUGGUCCAGUACUCUUAGAAUUACCGGCUUUUGUGUACUUGGGUAAUUUACCAUUUCGGCAUCUGAGGGUUUAUCAGUCCAUUUUCUCAGCUUCUGCGCCUAUUCACUGAAUUGCCCACACUGUUAGUAACUGUGCCUUUGCCUCUGUUUGCUUUUCUAAGCUUAUUGGCGAAAAAGUGAAACAUGCUUUGGAAGUAGGCCUUAGCGUAAUUCCAUGUAUUGGCGAAGUUUUGGAGGAACGUGAGGCCGGGAAAACCAAUGAUGUCUGCUUCAAACAAAUGGAAGCCCUCGCCAGUACGUCCUUUUUAAAAGAUAGUUGCAAACGCCUUUUAAGUGCAGAUUGGUUUCCGCUGUAAACCCAAACCCGUCUGUUUACAUAUAUUUUCAAACAACUCUGUCUUUUUUGCAUUUAUUACGUUGAUGGACAAUAUUUACAAAUUUUUAACAUGCCACCCUACAACCGGCGUCAAGCGCUUUAUCAUUACACUAAUGUGACGCUAAGUUUUUAAUUGAGUUAUUUAUGGCUUUUGGCCAGUGCAUAUCAAUCGCGCUUCAAGCCUUCAAAGUAGGUCAUAACCAUUGCGUCGGGAUAUUAUUAUCCGCUUGCCUAAAUGGGGGAACAUUUUUCUCCCCGGGAAAAAUCGAUCGUCUAGUCGUGAGUGGUGAGUUUUUAAGUACAAAAGGACUUCAGCAGCUUACAGACGUUUUUAAACAUCGACAUUGUCCACGCACCCUCUAGCUGUCUACCAAACAAGUAUUUUAACCCACCUAUCUGCUCAGUGAUGCUGUAGGAUUCAAAUGAUUGUUACGGUAUGCGGGGUCUCGCCGUCUUUGUUAGUUGCUUUUAAAGUAAACGUUCUGUCUAAAACAUUCGUGGGUGUGCCAAUAAAACGGGAUCCCACCGAUUUGUAUUCUUCUAAAUAUUGACAGUUUAACUGCCACGGAAGAUGGUGUCCGCCGUGUGCUUCAGCAUGAUGGGCGCAGGGAUGAUGAAUUGGGUGCAGAUCAGUUUAUGGAGAUGGCAGACUAGCGCAGCUUCUGCCUCACUCUCCCCUCCCUAACCCUCCUAGGCUUGAUGCGCAGGGUAAGUUGGUGGUUAUGGAGGUGGUGGUUGUGACGAUACUGCUAUUGGCGACAUCACCAAUGGUGGUUGAGGGUUUUCGGGUGUUCGUGGUGGGUUUGAAGUUUUGACAUUGCGGUGAAUACUGAUGUCGUGGAUGAACAUGUGGGUGUGUAGGCCGACACAGUGAUGAAUAUGCCUGGGCGGUAUGGCCAUUUGUAAUGAGUGCGCCAGGUAUAUGUUGGUGUUCCUAGUACUGAGUCGCCAGUUGCAGUGCGACAGAUUUCCAAGUGACCGACCAGGCCAUGCGUUGUGUGCACGUCAUGUCCCAAUGGGGACAAGUUUUGAUGUUUGGAGCUACGGUGAUGGUGGCGAUGGAUGGCGGAAUAUCGGGAGCGUUGUCAGUGGUCGAUUCUGAGCCAAGUCUUCCUUUGUUCCCCGACUGAUUUGCAUAUUCUCGUGGUUGUCAGGAUAUCCUAGCUCCUUUUUGCCCUCUUUAUCUCCGAGCGUCCCAAACGUCAUAGCCUUAGAAGAAUCGCUUGGGUCAGCACCUGUCAUUCGUCCUCCUCAAGUGGGCACUCCAGAUCAGUUAUAAUUGCCGUAGAUGUUGGGAAUUCCGGUAAGUUCUAAGUCUUCAGUGUCCAGAAUCCUAUCCUACUAUCUCGUUUUUUAUAUUCUUGGGAGGCAUCUGGCGUGAAAGUAAUUUAGAUCCCUCGCUUGGUGGGCGUAAACUCUCCAUGUCUUCGCCCGUUGUGCAGUGUCGCAAGACCACCGCCACACACACCUUAAUUUUGGUGUUGACUUGAAGUCUGCGGUGGUUUCAGGCCAAAGCCUGUAGCAGACCAAGUGUUUGGCUGACUUUGAAGAUCCGGAAUGCCAUUGGUCCUGACAUUCCGUUGGAUCGGGCUGUCUGUAUAUUCCAAUUUGUCCACAGUAAUGAUUUGAACUUCAUUGACAGUAAUGUGAGGUUGUUUGAAGUCCGUAUCUGGCGCCGACUGAGUCAUGACCACCGUCCUCUCCGCCUUGAUAGUCAACACUGGUUUUGACGCCACGGAAUGCGAAGAGGUUUUUGCUCUCCUACAUGGCCGCGCUCUUCACUUUAUUUAGUGCAUAUUCAUCCGCGAACAUAGGGUUUUGGGUGUUGGUCUGGAAUAUUCUUGGGCGUGAUUACAUGCGCCGUGCGUUGGGCAGUUUUCCGUUGAAUCAGGAGGGGAUGUUGACUUUUGGCCGCUUCUCAUGGCAGGCGUCUAUCAGCAUGGGGGACAACAUGAGACUAAAGAGAGUGACGCCGAGUACACAACCUUACCUCGCCCCAUUGACCACUGUAAGUGCUUCUGACACUGCUUCAUUUUCCGUGUCAUGAGUCAUCAUUCCGCCGCGCAAAUGGAGUACCGUAUGUCUGAAGUGCUCCGGACAUCCAAAUUUUAGCAGGAUCCUCCAGAUUCCAUCGCCUUUGUCAGGUCUGCGAAAGUAGUCUACAGACUUCUACGCAUUUUCUGGCCCUUUUCUUAUGGUUGGCAGAUGGUAACGAUACUGCGACUUCUUCGGAAUUCACAUAGGCUUUUUAAGAGUUCUUUUUCCGAGUGGGUGUUCGGGCGAUUUUGGAGGACAGGGGCAAGAAUUUUCUCUGCGCUGUUGAGGAGGAAAGUGUCUCGAUGGUUUCCACAAACUUGACGGUUGCCCGUGUGCUUAUAAAAUUGUACGAUAAUGGCGUCCUUAAAGCCCCGAGGAACUUGCCUCUGUCGCCGUACCCUCUGAGUGCUAUAAGUUUGUCCACCAGGCGAGGGAGGUCGUGACUGUAGACCUCGACCAGGAUUGUGUCGGGUCCCGCUGCUUUCCCUUUGGAGAGCUGUUGCUCGACUCUGGUUGUUUCUAUGUAGGAAUGCGGACGGUUCAGGUCUGUGUUGAUUUCCACUUCGGAAAACCUGUCGACGGCGUCACUGGAGACUGCGGGUGUGUGAUUGGGUGUGGUUCUGUAGUGCUCUGCCCAAUGCUUCAGAAUCAGCGAUUUCUCCACGUGCGGCGUUGUUAUGUUGGAGCUGAGCAGUGGUUUGGAUGUUUUGGAAUGAAGACCGUAGAUUGUUCUGAUGGGAGCGAAGAAAUUCCAAUGUAUUUGCUGUGCACGUCACAUCGCCUUUCCAUAGCCUUGCGGUUUAUCCAGUCGUUCCUCAUCUUCCUCAGUCGCUGCUGAACCGGGCGUCGAGGAUGGCAGAAGGGAACCUUUUUUGCGCCAACCACGCGGCUCAUGCAGGCCUUGGGCAGCCUAUUUUUUCCUGGGAAACGAUUGGUGAUUUCUCAUUGUUAUCGAAUCAGUCCUGGUGUUAGCGUCGUGGACGGUCCAAAGCAUCCAUGGCAGUUGAAUGGACUGAGCUCCGCUGUUGACACCAUUUAUCUCCACGUUGAAGUUGUCUUUUGAAGUCUGCUGUUCUUUCAGACAAUGAGUCAGUUGACUGUUAAAAUCUAGGCAGACAUCGAGCGCAUUCUACAGAACAGUACUUAACCUACCUGGCGGUCACUUACCUUAUGGACCAUUGCGAAAUCUCAGUCAGAACCUCACCUUCAAGAUGACGAAACGGACAUUGUUCAGCCAUCGGUGUCGCAGGUCGCCUUUGCCACAAGCACGCCCUGUUAAUCUCGCCUCCAGACAAGAACGUAAUCCAACAGUUGUCGGCGCCGCAAACAUGGGCAUAUUUAAGUAGCCUCUGGCGCUGGAAGGCGGAAGAAAGUAUUGGUGAGUAGGCAGCGCUCUGCGUAAGUCUGCAGAAGGGGGCUGUUGUCGUUGCAGACCCCGAUUCUGUGGGGACCCAGCAAUCCCUCCAAGUCAUCAUGGCCUGUUCCGACACGAGCAUUGAUGUCACCGAAUGGAGUUAGCUUGCGCGCCAUCAGCAUGGUCACCAGAAAGGCGUACAGAUUUUUGUAGAACUUGUUCUUUAUCUCGAUGUAAUUAUUCAUUUAGGAUGCGUUGGCCCUGAUGACGGUGGCAAAUUUGGCUCCCCGAAGAGGCAGGCGUAGGUCAUGAGGCGGUCGCUAAUGCCCUACAGUGGACGGGGCGAUUGUCUAACGAUGUCGUUUUGGGUGACAAAGGCGACGCCAGCGUCGCUUGGUCAGGCUCCAGAAGAAAAUGCAGUCGGCACCCAUGUCCUCCAGCUGACCCUGUCCGGAGAGUCGUGUCUCGCUGAUAGCAGCGAUGUCCACCUUGUGACGUGCCAGUUCUCGAGCGACGAGCGCCAUCCUCAUUUUUGGUCGGUCGAUCUGUGAUGUGAACACUUCCGCAAGCCAUAAUCUUGUGAAAAUUACCUUGUCUGUAUGGCCAAAUUUAGAGUCUCGGCGAGAAAGCUUGCAACUUACACUCAAAAGUAGCGGUUGGGCAGAAUUCUCAUAAUCUGACUAUGGGGAUGGAGAUAGGAUUUCGUUUCAGUAAAUACUCGUUUAUUUAUCUGUCCCGUGAUUAUCUCAUGCCUUCCCUAGCAAGCUCUUAGUUGGACAGGGGAUAUAGGGCUGUUCUCAAUACAUUCUUCUAAGUCCUAGUUUGCAUUCAUGCGCCUCGGGCGCCAUGACUUUUAGCAGCAACAUGUAAGUGGACCCGACAAACUCCGAUUUCACUAUAUGGGCCAUAUUAUUAUGGUGAGCUAACUAGGACAGAGAAGACUACGACAGCUGCUGUUUAAAGUUUGUUUAGAUCUCCCCUCCGCGCUCGUACUCUCGACCAAAAUACAGAGUAUUCCAUAAUCCUUGUAUUCAGAAGGAGUCAUACGUUUCUGUCGUUCCAUGCCCACAGCUGCCCCUACUCCCAGUGGUUGCUUCAACUCCAGUCCAGUCUGCUUGCAUUGUCAGGCCUUUUUGGGUUGAGUCAAAUCAGUGUCUUCUCGCUCGUGGUCCAUAGCUUCUCUCGAAAUUCGCCUACAUCUUCAUUCAUUGCACUUCAGGCAUUUCUCCUCAUGUCGACUCGAGCGGUGUUUUGAAAACUCGAACUUGCGGUUAAUUCCUCGUGGACAGUUUGGCGUAUUUUGGAUACACAUCCCUCCCCUUAACUGUUUUUUGCCUUAUGCAACUAACAGCUAUAGUUGCGUUCUGCUUCCUAGGAAGUGUCUACUCUUUUCCAUCGUUAAUUCGUAAGAUUUUACUUCCAAGGUUUAUUCUUAUUAACUCUGCCACCCUGCGGGGUUCUGACCCACCUUUCGUGGUUUCUCGACCCCGGUUUUUCUAUUGCAAGAGAAAGUUGUUUUGCAAAACAAGGGCCAGCUAAGAUCGCUUCCAAUUUCCCCAAUCUCAUCUGAUCCCCUGCAUUGUCUCCCUUAUCAGAGAAUAUAAGUGGAGCCCAGUGGGAUCGUGUUGUCAUCGCUUACGAACCUGUUUGGGCUAUUGGCACCGGGAAGACGGCCACCCCCGCUCAGGCACAAGAAGUUCACAAGGCCGUUCGUGAUUGGAUUCGUGACCAUGUUGACCCCAGUGUCGCUACUAAGGUCAGGAUUCUGUAUGGAGGUGAGUGACUUUUUCCAUUGUCGUCUGACCCAGCCUUCCGUUCAACUUCCCUCUAGAGUCUUUUUGUCAGUGAAAUUUACCUUUGUUCGUAGCGUGCAGAGGAAAUUAGUAUAUUAUCAUCUAUCAGCUGCUUUUUUAAAAUGUUGACAGGCUGGUAAACCCUGACUGCCUUGCAUUUUACGCAGACGAAGUUAUCAUCAGGGGAUUAUCUGGAUAUCGUGCACCCCCACCCGCCUUAUUCUUGUUGACAGUUCUUGUUUGCUCUGUUCUCUGAAAACCUAGGUUCGGUGAACGCCGGUAAUGCAAAGGAACUUGGAAGUCAGCCGGAUGUUGAUGGUUUCUUGGUUGGCGGUGCUUCCCUGAAACCCGAAUUUGUUGAUAUCAUCAACGCGAGGCGAUAA